AUGGCGCUGCACGACGGACCGGUAAAUUGGCCGCUCUUCUUUGGCUGUAUCCUUAUCGGUUUCGGUCCACUCGCUGCGCUCUUCUUUUUCGUUGUAGCCAAACGUGCACAGUUGGUAAUUUUGGCGCUUAGUGCGGCUUUCGUGUGGCUUGUAGCAAUUCUCGUUACGGCUACGUUAUGGCAUCUUAUACCACCCUUAAAGACGUCACUGUCGGCUACGGUGCCAGUUGGUGUCGUAGUGCAAGAAGCUUUUCGUAUGCUUUUCUUUUAUCUCUAUACACGUACAGAGAAGGCAGUUAAACGCGUGACAACGUCUUCACAUCAACUUCCACUUAAUGACAUUACAUCGUCUCUCGCUGGAGGCGUAGGCUUCUCUGCUAUGCACGCGCUGCUCAUGUUUGGCAGUCUCGUCGGAUCAUCAACAGGCUCACGUGGUGCUGCCUUUUCAUCCUCGUGCGAAAGUAUUCCACUCAUCUUUUCAGCUGCCCUCUCUACACUUGCACUCACGGCACUAGACGUGGCUCUCAUGGUCGUUGCAUUUGAUGGCUACCGCAAACGAUCUGUGCUAAUCAUUACUGUUGUUUUUGGUAUUCACAUGGGUGUCGCUCUAUCGGCUCUGGCCAACAUGGACACGAACGGUUGCUAUAUCUCUAUUCCUGUCCAUUACGCCGGCGCUGUCUUAGCCUGUGCCGGAGCUGUGAUGAUUUUAUGGCGCUCAAAGAGACUAGCUAUAGAUGCUAAAUGA